CAAAACGCCAAUCAGUGCAGUUGCCAUGGGAACUGGGGCGGUGCAGCAGCAGAGCAGCGAUCCGCUCAGUGCUUCCUGUGGUCUCUCAGAGAAACAGAUCUGAUCAGCAGCGUCCGCUCAGGUUCCCAGGUGUUUAAUCUCUGCGGCAGAUGGUUCAUCAGCAGCUGAUUGUGGGCAGAAGUGCUGAAACGCCUCCAGUAAGCACAAAAACCAUUUAGCUUCUCCGUGGAGACGAACCAUGGCGACGGAGGACGGAGAAGGCGUGCGGCGAGCUGAGAAAGUUGGUUUGAAGAGGAAGCUGACGGGUCCUCCAAGGCUGCUGCUGGGAAAAACCAGAACCAGGAGCACAGGGGAGGAUCGAGCUGAGACCCGGGCUAAAAAAGAGAAGAUGGAAAACAGUGACGAAAUCUCAGCAAAAUGUUCAGUUGCUGCAGCAGAGAGCAGAGCUGAGCUGACAGAAACGGUGGAGGGAGAGGUUUCAUCUGAAGCAAACUGCCAAGCCUCAGGUAAGGGUGACGACACCAGAACCAGGAAGAGAUGCAGGUGGUGGAGCAGAUUCUCCUCAGCUGUUGGUUGCAUCAGGACAAGAAAGAGGAAUCCCAAGGAAAGUGACGGUUCGGUUCCACCAGAGGAGACACUAAAGAAGACCAACAUCGCUCCAAUGAACAACUUAGAAGAAAACAGUGAGAGGCUUCCUAAAGAGAAGAAGAAGUUGAACAUGAGGACAUGGCCGUUGUUCAAACGGUUCAUGACUUCUUCAGUGAAAAAGCAGAGAGACGGGGUGGAGAACAACGAUGAAUCUUCAGUGACCUUCCAGAAAAAACUGCAGAAGUUCUUCCACAGACACGGAAAGAGACGAUCAUCAGGUGUCCUGCAGGAAAACAUGGAGGACAUGAUGAAGGUCCAGGAGACCACAUGUUUAGAGGACAGUCCUACUGAUGUGCAGAGAAACGGACAUGAUCGGAGUCCGGAGGUGGUGAUGGUCACGGCUGAGAUGAGCGUCCAGCUGACGGAAGAUCGAGCUGCAACAGAGAGUCCAGAUGAACUAGCAACAGAAUCCGCCAAGGAUGAUUUGCCAAACUCUGCAGAUGGAUCAAAGAUGACCCAGACUGCCACCGAGGUUCUUGAUGUCAUGGCAGACACAAGUGAGGUGUCUGUUUUAGUCGAGGUCACGUGUUCAGAGAAAGAUGAGGUUUUCUGUGACUCUCCUGAAGCUGUCCUUCACCUCACUGAUCAACGCUCAGCCUCAACUGUUCCAUCUGAGAGUGAUCCUGAAGUGGCUCCUCAGGAGAAGAUGGAUCAAAUCACCUACAAUUGUCUUCAGCCAUCGACUAAUGGACCCUCAAUCAGGAUCGAGCUCUUUCCACCGGAUAACGACGGUCAGGAGGAUGUGGAGGACGAUGUGUGUUGGGGAGGCAGCUCAUCCUCAGAGAACCACAAUCACCUCCUCCUCGUGUUUGGCUUCGAACACAGCGAGCGACAGCUGCUACAGACGGCUCGAUCGCUAGUCCGAGCUGCCAUGAAGGCUGCUGUGGAUCAGCUGAUCAGAGAGCAGCAGAGUGAUGCUGACUAUGUCCACCGAGAGCCGCAGGACUGCAGAGAUCACGCCUAAAGACGAGUGACAGAGGAAGACCACUGCUCACAUGUUUACUAAGCUUCCAUCCACUCAUCUCCUGGUGGAUCCUGAGGUGUUCCCAGACCAUGAGAUGUUCUCGGUUUAACCUUAGCGUCCCCCAGCAGAAUCAAAUUUUAACCUGAGCAGGAGAGGACUUCAGACCAAGUGAUGAUCAAAAGAUGAAGAAACUUUGUUUGAGACUAAUCUUAGUAGAUGGCAGAUAGAAAUAUGUACGGUUACCUUUUUCCUGAGCUGAGCCUUACAGGUAGCAAGUGAACCACCACAAUGCACAACACUCAAAGGACCCGCCAUGUGUAAUUAAAUGCUGUAUUUUUAUAUGAACUCUUUGACUGUUGAUUACAGAAUCCGACUGGAGACUCCGUGACAUUUAGAGCUGUUGUCACUUACAGCUGCUAAACUACGUAUAGAGACUAUAAUAGGGAUGCCCGAUAAUAUUGGCCCACUGAUAUUUUUGUCCCAACAUUUGCAUAAAAACAUAAUAUCUGUCAAAAAGGGUUUUAUUUGCCUAUCAUUAAAACCAAUAAAAUAAUACUUGGAUUUCGUCAACAAUUGUCAGCACAAAUGAUUGAGACAUCACAAAUUCAUGGAGGGAUUUUAGAUUCAGAGAUUCACCAGAUGAACACAAAUUCUCCAAAUGAACCAUGCUGUAACUACUACUUGUUGAAAUAAGCUGCUGAUUAACAACAAAUUAUUGCUACAAGCUAUUUUAUGAGUGAAACGUUGCUAUCUGGACAACAUACGAUCAGUUCAUGUGGGUUUAAAAGUUCGUGUCAGUCUCUGCCUGAGAGUCAAAGCUCAGGGUAAAAACUCUGCUGAAAUCAGUAUCAUUAACUGUACAAUGAAAAAAAUGCAUGUUUUAGUUUAAUUUUUUUAAUGAUUAAUUAUUCAUAAAAAUAGAUUCAGCUCAUUAAUCUGCUUAAUAAUUAAAUUGCGAUAAUUAAUAUUUACUGAGUAAUUUGUGUUAAAAGCUAAUUUCUUUCAGGUGCUGAAGCUUCUUAUUAGAUCUGAUGCGCUUUGAUAUUCUCUUGUGUAUAACUCAGUUUGCAGUACUUUGUUCAAAAUAAAUGUGAUGUUCAUCAUAUCUUACAUUUUAUCUUUAAUAUUUACAUUAGUUUUAAAGUAUUAAUUUAAAAAAGAAAACAUUGAGCAUUAAUUCAUCAGCAUUGAGCUCACAUUAAAAUGUUUAAAAAAUUACAGCACAAACUGAAUAUUUGUCCAUUUCUGAGAAUUAAACGUGUUGUCAGACUGA